CGGAAGAGGGGAAGGUCAGCGUAGUGGAACAUGGCGGCCCGCAGUGUGCUGAGGUCCGUCUUGAGCUCUUUUACGGGUCUAAAACUCGGAGUUUCGGGCUCUAAUGUGGGGGUUCUGCAGCGGAUAAAUGUCCCGCUGGUUUCCGCUUUAACCGUCCAGAGCAGAGGGGUCCGACAAGUGGUGGAGAAGCAGGACGGGAAGACGACGACUAUUGAAGGUCACAUCCAGGACCUUUCAGCUGCUGCUCAGCCUCCAAACCCUGAAGCUAAAUGUCCCAUUUACAGAUGGAACCUGCAGCACAGAUACAACUACACGGACGUCCUGCUGCUCAGCCAGUUCAUCAGGUCUGAUGGAGGGAUGCUGCCUCGGAGGAUCACCGGCCUCUGUCCAGAGGAGCAUCGAAAGAUCUCCAUCUGUGUCCAGAUGGCUCACCGAGCAGGUUUACUUCCGGACCACAAACCCAAACUUCCAGAAGGUCACGUCCCAAAGAGGAUGAAGCAGCAGCUCAACAGAUACCUGACUCGCUACGCCAUCGACACGGUGAAGCCCAUCUACAAACGGGGACUCAAGUGGUCCAAGAAGAGAAUGCCGGUGGGCCAUCCGGUCCUGAAGGACAACGUUCGCUACGGGUUUAAACCUCUGUACACCAAACACUGAUCUGUGGAUUCAUGUGGGUGGGCCGAGAAAACUAAAAGCUUCAUCCAUCUGUAUUUAUUCUGUUGUUUAUGGACUCCCGGUGAAUCACGCUCGGCUCCACCCGGACCAUCCGUCUUCAUGCAGCUCUUCAUGCGUCCUGACCGGUGCAGCUCGGAGCCCCUUGAAGUGGAUGUGAGGCGAGCUGCAGCCGGGUCGGCCCCACGGUUUCUAAGUAGGUGGUUGGGUUCGCUGUGUAAACUACAGGCAACGCAGAUGUGCAAAUAAAACGUGUUUACUCGGCC